AUGACGUCAAAUAGGUACUCAGGGUAUAUCCAGAUGACGUCACAAUGUAUCCAUCUUAACUCCAUUAACUUCGGAACAGUUUCGGAAGAUUCCGUAACGGAAGACACUCGUCUAAGAGAACAAAAAGAAAAGCUGCAAGAGCUAAAUGACUCGCUCAGUCGUAAAUAUAAAACGGAUCAUAUCAACAUAUUACUGCUUGGUGAAAUCCGUUCUGGAAAGUCAAGUCUUUAUAAUACAUUAGCAACAGUCUUAUUCGGAGAAGUUGUCAAUGUAGCACUGACCGGCCCAGAAGACUCAAGUGUGACGACUAGAUUACAUCGUUAUGAAUUAAAGACGGAAAAGGGAAAGGACAUGCCCAUCCGAGUCAUAGAUAUCCGAGGAUUCACUAAGGACAGAGAUUAUGAACAUGAAAUAGACAAAAUACUGGAUGGGAAUGUGAAACCAGGCUAUGAAUUUGGCAGUAAAUCUAAGAAAAUAGAUAAGGAGAAAACAUUAGCAGGAGGGCCGUAUAAAAUACACGUGGUUUGUUUUGUUGUUGACGUUACACAAGUUCCAAGACAACAACAUUCAAAAAUGGUUACACAAAUUCGAAAAAUGAAAGAAAAAAUUCGGAGCAGAGAUCUACCUGUCAUUGGUGUUGCUACAAAAUUCGAUGUGCUUUGUCCCCAAAUCCAGGAAAACGUUGCAAAUAUUGAAAAAAGCAAAAAGGCUUUGAAUGCGGUAAAGCGUGCGGCAGAGUAUCUAGAAAUCCAAGAAAAAUGUGUUUUUCCCGUUGUAAACUAUACAGAAGAUACAGUUAUUGACAAAGCAAAGGACAUGCUCAUUUUGAAAGUGCUGGACUGUAUUGAGGGACAAGCAAGGAAUUAUCUAGAGCAAGAUUUAGACUGGCAAAGAGAACCGUCAGUAUGGACCGGUCGUAUUGAUUCACUCGAAAACGAAAAUGUGGUGAAAAAUAAAAAAAAUCUGCUUAGCAAAAUGAAGGAUGUUGAAGAGAGCGUUCGCAUUUUAUGUGUUGGUAGAACAAACACUGGAAAGUCAAGCUUUAUUGAUUCCGUUAUGUCUGCGCUGUCGGGUGAGAUCUCUUGCCGGGCAACUGCAGGAUUAACACAGUCCAUGAAUGAAGAACGUGAUGGCAUCCCGGACACAAAAAGGUACAAUACGUACCAGCUGAAAGUUUCUGAAAAUGGAAAUGAGACACAAGAGACAAAUGUGUACCUAUGCGAUAUGCCUGGUAUACAUGAGAAAAAUGGUGUGCAGUUAAAUCAAAUAAAGUGUGUCAUAGAAGGACAUGUUCCGAGUCGUUAUAAAGUCCUCUCUGGCAUUAACGAGGAGAGCAAAGGGUACGUCAAGGAACCCGGAAACAAAGAUAAGAUCCAUUGUGUUUGCUUAUUCUUUGAUGGAAAUGACGUCUCGGAACGGGAAAUGAAAUGCAUUCAGGAGCUGAAAAGUUGGCUGCGCGACAACGAAAUACCACUCAUUGCUGUGGUUACAAAGAUUGAUUUACUUAGCGAAGAACUUAGAGCAGGUCGUCAAAACCCAUAUUGUGUCCAGCGACUGACAGAAAGCAUCGUGAAUAUUGAAAAAAAGUAUGGAUUCAAAAGGAAAAAUGUAUACCCGGUCAGAAAUUACGUACAUGAAGAUACUGUAAAAGGAAAUAUGAACGCUCUACUUCUUGCUGCUUUCAAAAAAAUACUGAUGCUGGCAAUUGAAACCAAAAAGCAGCUUGACGAAGACGGAACUGCAGUUGAUCCUUAAAAUGUUUAGUGAAUGAUCAAUAUACUAAAUUCGUUAUUACAUACUUGAAGUAUUUUCUUUAUAAUAACAAACAUUUAAGUGUUCCUUACGCUUGACAUUUUACCAUAACUUUCGGAACAAAGUGACAUAUGAAUGCUUAGACAAAUGUGUUUAACAUUCGCUUGAAUCGGGAGUUAGUUUAGUGAGGAAAAAUAUCUAAAACAUUUUUAAAUUAUAUUUUCUUUCUUUUGAUCUGUACAAGCACACGAACAAACCCUCAGCAUCCACAAAAAUUCCGCACAAAUAAAUAUCUUUUCUCAUUUUUGCAUACUUCUUCUUUGCACAUGUACUUACAGUACCACCAGCAUAAAAA